AUGAUUGAUGAUGAACAACUGGGGUUUCUCGCCAAUUUUCUGGGCAUUUUUAUAUUCGCGUUGGUAAUUGCUUACCAUUACGUGAUGGCUGACCCAAAAUAUGAAGGAAACUGAACUAAUUAUGUUAUUUCUACUUUUUAACUUUUUUUUCAUAUAUAUGUAUGGAACUAAUUUAGAAAAAACUCAAUAUUAUAUGAAUUUAUAUUAUACUAUGUUAGUUCUAUUUGCACAA